AUGGGAGGGCUUGGGGUGAGGUUGGCCUCCCAAUUUAACAAGGCUGCUUUAGCCACGCUCGGUUGGAUAUGCCUUACCAAUGUUUGUAACUGGUGGGCUCAAGUAGUAAGAUUAAAAUACCUUCAAAAAGAAAAUUUCUUAGCCCUCAAGAAGAAGUCUUCUCAUUCCUCAGCUUGGCAAGCAAUGUUAGAUGCAAGAUCUAUUCUUAAUUUUGGUAUCAGGUGGAUUGUGGGAAAUGGUGCAGGCUGCAACUUCUCAUCCACAAGCAACUCUUCUGAAGAAAAUGUGGGGUCUCACUAUCCCCCAUCAAGUCAAGAUUUUUUGGUGGCUUCUUAUCAGGAAAAGGCUUCAAGUGCGGAGUCAUUUGCAUAG